UUGUGUCUUUCUUUUCAUUUGGUCAGCAGAUUUCAAAGGGGUUGGACAUGAUUCGAAAUUUCUUGGACAUUUGAAUAUGUGGAUUAGGAGUACCCAUGAAAUCACUGAAGAUACUCCCUUUGGAUUUUACAGUAUUAACAUGAAAUAUGCCAUCAAUAGAGAGGCAGACCGUGAAGAAACAUUAAGAACCUUCAAAGAAAUCCAGGCGAGUGCAAUGACGGAGUAUCUGAAGAUAUUUAAUGACCCAAUACAUGGUCAUAUUGAGUUACAUCCCUUGUGUGUCAAGAUAAUCGACACACCAGAGUUCCAGAGACUACGACAUAUCAAGCAACUUGGGGCUUGCUACUUUGUUUAUCCAGGGGCUGCACACAACAGAUUUGAGCACUGCUUAGGAGUUUGUCACUUAGCAGGAGAACUGGUCCGAGCCAUCAACAGCAGACAACCACAAUAUUGUAUCACCAGUACUGACAUUCUUUGUGUGGAAAUUGCUGGCCUCUGUCAUGAUCUUGGUCAUGGACCAUUUUCUCACAUGUUUGACGGAAAGUUCAUCCCACAGGCAUUGCCUGAAUUGGAUUGGGAGCAUGAACAAGCCUCAGUCGACAUGUUUGAUCAUCUGGUGAAGAAGAAUGACCUUGUGUCAGCAUUUGAAGAGUAUGGCCUCACUGAAAAAGAUCGUAUUUUCAUCAAAGAGCAGAUAAAAAGGCCAUCAAAAGAUCAGCAACAAGAGAGUCACAAUGAUUGGUCAUGUAAGGGACGUGACAGGAGCAAAAGUUUUCUAUACGAGGUUGUAGCUAACAAACGAAAUGGUAUAGAUGUGGAUAAGUGGGAUUAUUUUGCCAGGGACUGUCACAACCUCGGCAUCAGUAACAAUUUUGAUCACUUGAGAUUCAUCAAGUUUGCGAGAGUUCUGAAAGUUGAUGACGAACUUCAGAUCUGUUCCAGAGACAAGGAAGUCCAGACACUAUAUGACAUGUUCAAUACACGUGUUACACUACAUAAACGAGCAUACCAGCAUAGAGUGAAUGUCAUCAUUGAAUGCAUGAUCACAGAGGCAUUCUUGAAGGCUGACAAACUCAUCAAAUUUCAAGGGACAGGAGGGAAAAUGUUGACUAUGUCUGAGUCCAUACAUGACAUGGAAGCAUAUUCUAAAUUGAAUGACUGUGUGUUUGACCGUAUCCUGAAUUCUAGAGAUCCGGGGCUGAAGGAAGCUCGUGACAUCCUCAGAAAGAUUCUUCAGCGCAAGUUUUACAAAUGGGUUGGGCAGACCAAACCCAAAAAUAAGGUCUACGAAAAGUCAGAUAAUGAGAGGAUCAAAGCUGAAAUAGUGGCAAAUGGAGAGGAAGAAGACAGACAGGCAUUGAAAGACAAUCUCAUUGUGGAGAUUAUUAGCAUGAAUUACGGCAUGAAGGACUUAAAUCCCAUCGACCAUGUUAGGUUUUACAACAAGAGUAAGCCUGAAAUAGCUAUGAUGAUACGAAAGGAGGAGGUAUCCCGUAUGACUCCCAGUGAGUUCACAGACCAGAGUGUGUAUCUGUUUACAAGGAGGGAUGAUCCUGAAUUCUAUCAAAAAGCUCUUGACACUUUCAAAAAAUGGUGUGAGGGCAAAAAGUUCUCUCAACCACGGGGUGGUAGCUUCACAAGUGUUACGAUGACUCCGCACAAGAGGCAAAAUCCAGACACAGAGGAAAAGCACAUGAGCAAAAGAAAAAGGGAGGAUACCAAGAGAGAUCUGUGUAAUCAAUAUGGAAACAAAUAAUGAAGGAAUUCUCAGAUUCAAUCUCCUACUCUCUUGAUGGAAAAACAUAUGAUGGAGUCAGAGACAUCCUGAAGUAUCAAGUCUCCUUCAGGAAAUAGAUAUGAUGAUUUAGGAUUUAAUAAUUGUUGUCCUUGCAGACUUUCUGUUAAAGAUUCAUAAAUCUAUAUAUCUGUAUUUUGGUAUUUGUUACUUAAGACCUCAUUGUUUGUUCUUCUAAGUACUGUAUAAAUGUGUUUUUCACAGUACUUGCUACACUUUGAAAGUCAACAUGCUAACUUGUGUCUAUGCUUCAAUAUACUAUUGCUAUGGAUAGAAGACCACUCUUCAAUUGUUCAUGUAUUUUCACUAUAGCAUUUGAUACUCACUGGAUGUCAUCUGUCUCAUGUUGUUGUUUUCAAUGUAUGUAGACUGGCUAAUCUUUUGUUUCAUUUGAUACUCACUGGAUGUCAUCUGUCUCAUGUUGUUGUUUUCAAUGUAUGUAGACUGGCUAAUCUUUUGUUUCGUUUGAUACUCACUGGAUGUCAUCUGUCUCAUGUUGUUGUUUUCAAUGUAUGUAGACUGGCUAAUCUUUUGUUUCAUUUGAUACUCACUGGAUGUCAUCUGUCUCAUGUUGUUGUUUUCAAUGUAUGUAGACUGGCUAAUCUUUUGUUUUGACUUUUAUUGCUUCUUGAAUGGAAAUGUUGUUUUCUUCUCUUUAGGACGUCAAGAAGCAUUUGCCUGGAUCACCAUUUAAUAUAGAGUGCUAAUUCUAUUGUAUUAAGUUUGAGAAAUUCCACCUUUGAUUCAGUUACUUAAGUAUAAACCAAAACAAUUUUAAUAGCUGUAUCCAAAAGAUCUAGUUGAGAAAUAAUUCUUGAUGUGGAUGUGCUAAAGGCAUUGUGGAAUAAAGCUUGUGACUUUUUAUAAUCACUUGAUUAAAACCAUGAAUGUCCUGGACAAUUUCAUACUGCCAGUAAGUUGACCAUAGUUUGUGUGGUAAUAUUUAGCCAAUCAGAAUGUCCUGGACAAUUUCAUACUGCCAGUAAGUUGACCAUAGUUUGUGUGGUAAUAUUUAGCCAAUCAGAAUGUCCUGGACAAUUUCAUACUGCCAGUAAGUUGACCAUAGUUUGUGUGGUAAUAUUUAGCCAAUCAGAAUGUCCUGGACAAUUUCAUACUGCCAGUAAGUUGACCAUAGUUUGUGUGGUAAUAUUUAGCCAAUCAGAAUGUCCUGGACAAUUUCAUACUGCCAGUAAGUUGACCAUAGUUUGUGUGGUAAUAUUUAGCCAAUCAGAAUGUCCUGGACAAUUUCAUACUGCCAGUAAGUUGACCAUAGUUUGUGUGGUAAUAUUUAGCCAAUCAGUGUUAUUAUAAACAUAUUUUAUUUUAACUUUUGAUGUUUUAUCCAUGUUUUCCAUUCAUUGAUUUCUAACUUAGAAAAAUUUCCAAUGAUUUUAACAUAUUUUACUUUUUAAAAACUUUCUUGACCACAUAUAAACUGGUCGUUUUAAAAGUACUUAAGUGUUGAUGUGUGUAUAGUUUCUACAAUGUUAUUGGUAUGCUAUAUGUUUGUACAUGUUUCUGUAUGUUUGCUACAGUGUAGCCAUGUAAUAUUUUAUAUUUACAAAUCUGGGAGUGCUUUUAACAUGAAUUUUAUUGAUUAUACUCAAGUGCCAAUCAUCUAGCUUGAAAUCCAUUUUUGUUGAUAUUCUAAUGAAUGACCUUCUCAAUACCAUCAUCAAAUAGGGCCAUUUUAUACAGAUACCGAUAGGUGUUUUAUGGUAGAGGUUUAAUAUGGUAUCUAUGUGUAUGUAACUCAGUAAUAGCAAAAUUUAAAGGGCUGGAAGUCAUCACACCCUUUUAUCGUCAAAAAUAUAUGUUAUCUGUUAGCAUCUGUGAUCCAUAGGAAUUCGAGAAUCACAUCAUAUUAUCUCAUUAGUUGGAUAAUAUUGUAUUAGAAUGAAUUUUCUGUAUAUUACACAGUUGGAAAAUUGUCACAUUUAGGUUAGUAUUAUCCCAAUGGUUGUCAAUGUACGUUAGCACCUUUCUACCGGUAACUUGGUCUCCUUGUUAUGCCUUAAAUAUAUUUUAUCUUAAUAAAGUUUCUGCUUUCAAA